AUGCACAAAACCCCUUCUGCCUCAGCUGCUAGGCUACCCUGGCUGGUCCCAGGCUCCGGCGAAGCUGCGGCUGCGCUCCGGGCCAGCACCCAGGCUUGGUUUGAGCAGACGCAGGCAAGCAGGGUCCUUCCUGAUGGCCAGCGCCCCGACUGGUUCCACGGCUUCCUCAGCAGGAGGGAGUCCGAGCAGCUGCUGCAGGACAAGCCGCUGGGCUGCUACCUCAUCCGCUUCAGCGAGAGCACAGUUGGCUUCGUGCUGUCCUACAGGGGCUGGGAUCGCUGCCGGCACUACAUCCUGGACCAGCUGGAGGAUGGGCACUAUGUGAUCCUGGGGGAGGAUAGUGCGCACGCCAGGCUGCAAGAGCUGCUGCAACACUAUGCCUCGGCCCCCAUCCAUCCCUACUACGAGCUCCUCACCAUGCCCUGUGCCUGGAGUGACAAGGAGCCGGUGGAUACCGGGAUCCCGGCAGGGGCUGAGGCAGCAAUGCUCCCCCAUGCUGCAUUGAGCCCAGCAUACAGCGUCGUGCACAAGCAACGCCGAGGCACCAGCCAGGGCUGCUCCUCGCCAGAGGCUGCCUGUCCUGGCCCCCUGCUCCCUGCCAAGGCCACUCGGGUCCCCAGCAGCCCCUGGAUGGACACAACACCCCCCACCCCUCCCUCCGCUCCUGAGGCCAAGUACCAGCAGCUACUGCGCUUCCACACCUAUGCCGAGCCCCGCGAGGGGCCCGUGCCCCCAGAGCGGCCCGUGCCCCCCGAGCGCCGCAUCUACCAUGAGCCUGAUGAGCCCAUCCCCUUCUACGCCGUGGGCCGGGGGUCGCCGCAGGACCUCGGCCCUGAGAACAUCUACUCCGAGGUGGACGUUGUGCAGGAAGUCCAGCUCACGACCUCCACGCUGCCCCCUGGCCUCAGCCGGCCCCGGACGUUCCCCUUGCCCCGCCGGCUUCAUCGCAGCGUGUCCAGCCAGGGCUCCAGGCGCCAUCGGCUGCCGGCAGCUCCCAGCAGGGACAGGGGCUCCUCAAGGCCGUCCAGCCCAGUGCUGCAGGUGCGUUCCAGGGGGGCAGAUGCUCUUCAAACCUGGGGCGAGUUGCUCCCCCUGAGAAGGGACCGCUGGUACCUGGGGCCUGGCCCCUCUGGAAAGGAGAAGCCCCGAGUGGGGCAGAACCCAGGCAUCAGGGGUCUCCGUGCAACACCCUACCUGCUGACACCAGGGCAGGGACAGAUCCCUUCUGACCCCCACCAAGAGCCAGGCAAAGGCACGGAGUAG